GUAAACGUCUAGAGCAGUAGGUCGCACAUUGUUCACGCGAAUUUAAAGCACAAAAAUGGAUAUUCAGGACGAAGACCUUCAUAAACUAAUAACCGACAUGGUGGAUGAUAACAUAGAAUCAGUGAACAAUAUUCUCGCUACCAAAUUUGACAAAAGACUUCUGCACCAAAUUGGGCGACUGCACAUCAACGUGGUUCACAUAGCAGCUUGGCGAGGUAGAAUGGAAUUACUUGAAUUAUUCCACAAUCAUGGCGCUGAUAUUAAUGCGACGGAUGCGAUCGGAAGAUGCGCAUUGUUCUACGCUGCCAAUCGUGGAGACAGUGACAUGGUGAAUUGGUUGUUGAAACAAGGAGCAUACACGGAAAAUAAAAUUCGUGUCGAGAGGUGCUACAGGAAUUUCAGUGAUUUGUUCUUGGCUCAAUGCCCCAUAGGCCAUAACUUACCGUCCCCCGAGUGUUUAGAAAGAACGGCCUUGCACCAAGCGGUGCAGCACAAUCAUUCGGACGUGGUGAAAAUUUUGGUGGAAGCUAACGCUGACGUGAACGCUAAAGACGAACGUGGAUUCACUCCGUUACUCUUGGCAGGCUCCAAUGAUGAGAUUCGAAAGAAUCCCAAGGAGAUGUCCAAGUACGUCGAUAUUGUCAAGUCUCUCGUGGCAGCGAAUGCUUCAACGGACGUCUUUCGCAAAGAUACAGGUACCACAGUGUUGCACCGCGCAGCAGAAUUAGGAAAUGCGGAGGCAACGCAAAUAUUGUUGGACGGUGGUGCAUCGCCUUAUCAUCAAUGCAUAAGAUAUGGGAACACUCCCUUGCACACAGCUGCCUCAGUUGGUAGCUACGGCGUGCUGUUAAAUAUCCUGAAAAAAAUGUACACGUCCCAAGUCGAUAUUACUAAUCACAUGAAACAGACAGCUCUUUAUUUGGCUGCAUGCGAAGGUCACGAUAAAUGCGCCAAAGCUUUAAUAAAUCAUGGGGGCAAUUUGGCCGCAAGAACAGAUUACGGAGAAGCAGUUGUGGACGUCAUAUUCGCGCACAUAAGGAGACCAGAAAUAUUUCUCAAUGACAUCCUGGAUUCGGGAGUGCAGAUGGUGAACAAAUCGACGGGUGAAAAUUUAGGAAUCAUCGUUAAUUUCAAUGUCCUAACACCGGAAGUUGAGAAACAAAUGACGGUUGUCAUGUCCCUCAUCGCUGCGGCAUCCAACGUUGAACAACUGACGAUUCUGCAACACCCAUUGCUCGAAACAUUCCUCUGCCUAAAAUGGUCAAAGCUUCGAAUGUUCUUUUUUACCCUUAUCCUCGUUCACGCGAUCCAUGUGUUCUCGCUUACUGGUUACACGAUAAUGUUAUUGCAAUACGAGAUGCCUUAUACUCCUUUGAGGGUGAUUUUAACUUUCUGCUCGUCAGCCCUUCUCCUUCACAACCUGGCGCAGGCGUUGAUGGUGCCAAAAUAUUAUCUGAGACAGUUCGAGAUGUGGAUGUCAUAUGCGUGCGCGAUUAUAACCCUGGUGAUUUCGUUGCAUGGCGUUCCCGUGACAGAAAAUCCGCCAGUGGAAAAAUCAUCAACCGUCCCCGUGCAUACUGCGCACUCAGAGUGGAUGCUGCAUUCUCUUAGCGUGGCAAUCUUACUUAGCUGGAUACAAAUGAUGCUGAUAAUCGGCCGUCUACCGACGUGCGGAUAUUACGCACUCAUGUUUUCCACGGUGCUCAAGAAUUUUUUCAAGGUUCUCGUAGCGUUCAUCUUUCUGAUUGUCGGAUUCGCGUUGAGCUUCACCGUUGUGUUUCACCAGAACGACCAGUUCAGCAAUGCCUGGCUAGCCUUCGUGAAGACCUUGGUAAUGAUGACGGGCGAGUACGAGUACGAGGAUCUGUUCCCGAACAAGAAGGGGGACAGUUCUCCACUACUAUUCACCAGCAAGGUCGUGUUCCUUGCUUUCAUCAUGCUUGUUAGCAUCACUCUUAUGAAUCUGAUGAUCGGUCUAGCGGUCAAUGAUAUCCAGGAACUCGAGAACCAAGGUCACAUUGAUAAAUUGCUGAAGCAAGCCGAGUUCGUGAGCCAUUUGGAGAGGUUGAUAUCACAUCCAAUCUUUCGCAGCAGUUGCUUGCCUGCCCGGGUACAAUUGUUCCUCAACUUGAGACGCAACAUUCCGAACACAUUUCAUUUCCAUUAUCACAAACAUAAUUCCGGCGAAUUAGCGGCAAACAUUUCGGCGUACCAAAGAGAGGCAUUAAGCUUGUUGGCUUUCAAAAACUCCCGCAAUAAUAAAUGUUUGAUAACGAGCGACGAGAACAAGAAUAAUGAUAACGACACGGAGCUUGCGGCGGUACUUAAGGAAGUGUUGUUACAAUUACAAACGUUUUACAGUUCUAACACAAUGCCGCCAAGAUAUACAAGACUUUCUGACAGAAGACAUACAAUGCAUCGAAGAAAAACUAUGAAUGUAUAGAUUAUAGGCAAGAUGAAAAAUUUAAUUAAGUAUACUGUUCAGUUUUAUAAAUUCGUGCACGAAUAAAAUUGUAUUGCAAUGUAAGGUCAA